UCCUCCUGCUCUGGAAGGAUGUGAGAAGCACCUUGCAGAGGUAUGAUGAGAAAAGAGAGAGUCCAGAGAAGCCACUGCCUUUCCCUCCAGAGCUGAGGAACAGGGUCUUGGAAUCCUGUGAUCUAAAUCACCUUGUGGAGGAUGCAAUGAAGCAAUGGGAAGAUGCUGUGUUAUACAGAAAACAGACUCAGAAAGCAAAUGUCACUCUGGAUCCAGACACAGCCCAUCCUGAACUCAUCCUGUCCAAGGAUGGGAAAAGCGUGAUGCAUGGAGACAAACCUCAAGCCCUGCCUGACCAUCCGGAGAGAUUCAGAUGCGACCCUUGUGUGUUGGGACGGGAGGGAUUCACAGCAGGCAGACAUUUCUGGGAAGUCACUGUGGGAAGUGGGGGGGGGGGGAGGAUCCGGGUGACUCUGGACUAUGAAGGGGGACGUGUGUCUUUUUCUGACGCCGAACUCUGCACGUUCUCAGGAGCCUCGUUCUCGGGAGAGAGCCUCCUCCCUUUCUUUCAUCUGAGGGGAAAUGAAACCCACCUCAGGAUCUCCUGA